AUGCUCUCGUCUGUACUCAAGGGCUACAAGCCCACGUUUACCUACAGCUCUAUCUUCACAGGGUUCGCAGUAGACCGCGUUCCGAUGCAAAAGGCAGACGAGAUCCGACUAGAUAACCGGGUGCUCAAGGUGGUGGAGAACCGCGUGGUGAGCGCGUUAAGCAAGGAGCUCCUCAUCGAAACGUUACAGACCAAGUACACCGUCGUCAACCGCGACACCGGGGAGUUAUACGAUGUGCGGGAGAUCGACACGUCGAUGCCCUACCGCUACUCCGUCCUGCCGCACAACAUGCGUGUGCCAAGCAAGGCGCGGCAGCUCUUGGGCAUUAACGAACAACCCACGCACGUCCCACCGAAGGCGGCCAAGGUGUUUGGCCACAACCCGUACCGUCAGCACGUGACUCCGCGGGACGGAAACAUCACGGAUAAGGCGGCGCAGGUUCUCGGGGUGAUACCGCAGUCUGCGGGGGCGGGGGGCAGGGGUGGGGGGGGGUACAGGCGGCCGCACGUGGGGCGAGGUCCGCGAGGAACGGUGGAGGAAGAGGACGACGCGGACUGGGGGGAGCCGCUCGAUUCUAUGGGAGAUGACGAUGGGAUGGGGAUGUUGCACGCCCACGGACGAGGUGUCUAUAUGGGAAGUUCUCAGAGACCCGCAGAGAUGACUUCGGACGGGCCGUAUGACGACGAGGAGGAGGGGGACGAUCUCCCCGUGGCGCUUUGGAGGCAGCAGAGGCGAGGGCACGGCACCCUCAACCAAUGA